AGACACAUUUGCCUUUUGACAUUUCGAUAUAAAGCGAAAAAUAUGGCGACUGAUUCGGACGUCCAGACUGCAGAUGUCCGCUUUGUUACUGGUGUUUUUUAGUCGAUUUAGAGGGUAGGUUUGUGGCCUAAUUAGACGUAGUUUCUACCGCCAUGGAACAUUAAGGUGAAUGAGGAUUGGAUCUCCAAACGUGUCUGUCUGCAAGAUGCAAACAGAUGGUGAUCCCUCUACCCCUGAAGACAGUACCACUGUCCUUGUGAAGAAAGAACCAACAGAGGGCGCUCCAUCAAGGCAACCUUUGGAGAUCAGCAAGGCAGCGUCUACUACGUCUUGUCCACCCGACGAGACAACUGUGAUUAGUGACCCGGAGGACAGCGACAGAGAUGCAGAGCGGGACGAUGAACUGGGUGUCAACGGUGACGAGUCACCCCCCAUGAGUGACGACCAGGGUGACAUCAGCCUCGGAUGUCACGAUGGAUCGCUCAACAUUCAGACACAGGGUGACAGCCCCAUGCAACCUGAACGUCAUCUUGCGUAUGCCUCGCAAGUUCAGAGAGAGGACUCAGCGGGGUCUGGUUACGGCUUCACAAGCAGCACCGAGACGGAAUUCGCCGGCAACGAAGAAGCAGGUCAGGACAGAGACUUCAGGGAUUUUAUAUGUCGCCUUUGUAAGCGCAGCUUUUCAAAAAAGCAGAGUCUACGAAGGCACAUGAAUUUACACAGUGGCCACCGGCCGUUUCAGUGCCCCUUUUGUGAGUACAGGUCUUCUCGGAAGGACCAUCUGCAGCUCCACAUGAGGACGCGACAUGAUCCGGGCCAAAGCAAGCACUAUGUUUACAAGUGCCCGAUCUGUGGGAAUUCAUUCCCGAGUCAAAAGAGAGUCCUGACCCAUCUGAAAAGCCACCAGUCUGUCCACCGCUGCGAGCAGUGUGAUUACGGCUUCCCAUCUCUACUGGCCUACGAGAACCACAAGAAGAUAAAACACGCCACUGUGUCUUGCCCUCCAACGUCUGAAUCCAGCUCCUUCACGUGUCCAACCUGCAAGUAUGAAUGUGCCAACGCCGACGAUUACUCAGGCCACCUGCAAACCCAGCGCCAUAGGGACAUGAUCACAGCAUCUGUACGUGUCCCACAGAUACAUGUCCAGCGGCGGCUACAGAUGGGAGGGUCGUCAGCUUCUGCAAGCUCCAUGGAAAGUGCUUCUUCCCUGGAGAGAGAAACAAGCUUUGAAUCAGUGCAAUCGGCACGGUCGCUGCCUCCUUCUGGAUUAGUCAGUAUGCCCAGCGUCUCUACUGAAGUAACCAGCACAGGAACUGUACCUAUCUCCUUAGUUAAAGUACCCACAAUAACUGUCUCGCCAAAUCAUCUGAGGCGUGGGGAGAGCUUCGAGCACUCUCCAUCCCAGGAUGAUAACAGUCCAAACCAGAAGCAGUGCAUGCCCCAUGGUAGGGGCCCCAACUACCCUGUUAUUUCCAAUAUAAUAUCUUUACAUCAGAAUGGCAAAGAAACAGCAACGAGGCGUUCUCCACUUCGAGAGAGCCGUUCUACAUCUGGAUCAGCGCCGAAAUCCUACGAGUCCUACGAAUCGGCAAAGAGCUCAAGCUUUGAGUCGCCAGGAUUCCUACUCCCCAAGGCGACGGCUGUGUCCCCGCAACGGUCGAGCCGCACCCCAAGCCCCCAAGGCACGCCGUUAUUAAUGAUAAGCGGUCUGCACGGUCGGCAGGAGGACUCCCCGCAUAAGCUCCGGUGUCUGAGUCACACAGGGUCAUCCAGUCUUGAAUCGCAGCCGUCCUCUGAGCUGAUGGCAGGUGUUUGGGGUAGCCAGCCAUUACCGGUCAUCUGUAGGGAUAACAGCACCCAAGACGAUGUGUGGCGCUGUGAGUUCUGUCACAUCAUCUUCCCCGAUAACAUCAUGUAUGCCAUCCACAUGGGGUGUCACGACCUGCGGAACCCCCUACAGUGUAAUAUCUGCGCCUUCCAGUGCCAAGAUAGAUAUGAGUUUACUUCUCAUAUAGCUAGGGGUUUGCAUAGCAAGGCCCCGACUAACAGAGGGAAACAAUAUUAACCUUUUUGUUUUUAUUUAUUUUAAAGAUAAAAUCACCAAAACCUUAUUAGGGCCUAUAACAUAUUUAUUAUUAUUAUUAUUAUUAGGCCUAUUAGCUAAGCAAAGAUACAUUCAAGUUUUAAACAUUUAAAAGUAUGAAAUUAAUUAAUAUAGUUUAACAAAUUAUAUUAUUACAAAUUAUGAAAAAAACUCAUCCUUAAAUUUUGGAAAGCUUUUGGCGUGUGGUUGUUUUAUGUACCUUUAAAUUGAUGCACAUCUCCUGUGAAGCUUCAGUCCACAGAAAAGUUCACAAAAGCCAAGAGCAACUCUAUUCAUAGACUUGACUAUUUUUAUAUUUUGGUUUUUCGUCUCAAAAAGCCACUAGCGUCUGGUCUUUCCAUUUUUCAGAAAUAAACAGGCAUAGAGUGUUUGAAAAACAUACUUAAAAGUUAUAAAACCCAUUUCCCCCCCCCCAACUCUCCUGUAAAUAGAACCAACAACUACUGCAGUGUCAUUUUCAGGGUUUACAUACAUUUUUAUGCAUUACAUCUGUGGAGUUUAAACACUUCAUUUUUCCCGAUUCCACUAAUCAUGACUGUGUUAGCUCACUUCCUCGUGCACAGUAAUUACGCAUUGAUCCCAAGUGAUUUACGUUGAUAACAUGUAACACCUCUCAGUCAGUUUUUUUUAAACUGAUGUCUGUGGGGAAUACCACCUUUCAUUAAAGGCAACCCAUACAGCAUUUUAUACUCUCUUUUCACUUCUACAUAAAAUGCUCAAAAACUGUCUAACAACUUCUUUAAUAAAUACUCAGGUAUCUGAUGUGUACUUGAAAGUUACAUCAUUUAUAUGAAAGGACAACAUUUGCCAAUUUGAAAAUGGUAAAUGUUCACAAUUUGCACACAGCUUACAUGGCUUCCAUGGUGUGAAGUUGGUCAUAAUGGAAAACUUCCGUAGAAAUAUUUUUGCUUGAAAUUAUUUAGUUUGGGAGACAUGAGUAAAACAAAUCCGGUUUGAUCUCACUAGUCAGGAAUCUGAUGUUUGAAAACAACACAAAUUUAUUUAAAAACAUUUUACUAUUUCUUCAUGACUCUGAUGAUCAAUUGAGUUUAACUUUUUGGUCAGGUUUGUUGCUUUGUGUGUGUAGGGUGUCAUGGGCGAGCGGUUUAGAGAGUCGGAUUCAAGGUCUGGUGGUUUAGUCAUCAGGGUGUGGGUUUGAAUCCUGGUCAUGGCACUUGUGUCAUUGAGCAAGACACUUCACUAUAAUUGCUUCUCUUCACCCGGGGGUAUAAAUGAGGGUAGGGGUUGAUUUUGUGUUUGCAGCCUUUAGUGUUUUGUGUUUGCAGACCUGAGAAAGAUUUCAGUAAUGAUAUUGGCCCAAUGACCACGGCAUUAAUGUAAAGCGCAUUGAUCAGGAUUGUAAACGCUCUAUAUACAAACUAUUGUUAUUAUUAUUAUUAUUAUUAUUAUUAUUAUUAGGUCACUAUAAGUGUUGAUUCAUAUCUAUGACAAAAGACCCCUUGCGUUGGCUGCCAUUUUUGUUAUUAAUUUUUUUUUUGGUUUUACUGCGCCUUGAACACCCAGCAGGGUGGAUAUGUGCGCAUUACAAGUCUUAUUAUUAUUAUUAUUAGUUGGUUGCCAUUGCCGACCUCAAUAGUAGGUCUUCAUUGACCUCGCUGGAAACUCUACAUUUGCGCUUGUGACGUCUCAUAAAAGGAUCUUAUUACCAAUGAGUUCAUGUAUUUGAUGUUUAAUGAAGAAACGUUAGCUGUUAAAUGGGAAAGUACAUCAAUGAACUAAAUCCAAUCUUCUAGUUGUCAAAAUAAACUCUAUCAACCAAUCUAUGAAACUUGCCUGGUUUCAAUUAAGUUUUUAAACAUCGCAUCCAAACUAAUUGUAUUACUUAUUUCUCAAAAAGUAUGGCAUUUCAAGCAAAUGUGUUUAAUUUCAAGGGAAAUUUUCUAGCCUGACUAUCGUUAAACCAUGUGGGUUUAUACCAUUGUUGUGCAGACCCUUUCAGACAAACAUGGACACAGAUCAUAAGUCCACACAGAUCAUAAGUCCAUGACGUCAGAAGUUGACUUGAACCUCUCACAAGAUUGGGUGUUUUUUCACCCUCCCAAACUAAACUGAAACAAAAAAAGAAACAAAUCUACAGUAUACAAAAAAAUGUGUUUCCUCUUUUUCCAAAGUUACAAUUGCAUCCAAACAUUUUUCUCAGAAAUGACAAUGUCUGAAAACACACAACCUAAAAGAAAUAAAUCUUCAGCUUACAUCUCGUCUAAGGAACUGUCUAGAUGAGAUUUCCAGCUAACUUUGAUAUAUGCCUUAUUACCAUUGUGGGAAUAUACCGCCCCUUCCUCCAGGGGAAAAACGCUCCAAAUUUGUCAUCUAGUGGAAAAAUACUGAAAAAUACAUCCCCACAUUAAGGAAGUCACUGAUUACAAGAGACGUGUCUGUGUGUGGUUAACCAGUAGCUGUUAAAGGUAUUCAACAACCUGGAAUUUUCUUUAAGAAUAUAUCUAUUCAGUUCAUCAAGUUUUCAAAAAACCUCGCCCUGUUGGACAAUCCCUUGACUGUUGAACUUAAAGGGCUCUAUGUUUUGUUUGCUUGGUAAUCUCUCUUAAAAUUAAUGGCAAUGGAAACUUGGUUAGAAGAACAGCUGCUUUUGAUUGUAAAAAGUAGUUUGAGAAACAUUUCACUUCGAAGUAGCGUUGUAAUGGAAAAAGAUUUUUAUGCCCUGAAAUUUGAAACUGAGAAGCGUUAUCCAUCUAAAAACAUUGGGUUGAUGAACAAUUUGAAUUAUAUUAAUUGGUUUUUACCCAUGCACCAAUGUGUGUUA